GCUACCUAUAUAUGUAGGUACGAUUUUAGUUUAAAAACAUUUUGAUUACUCCCUCGUUCAGUGUUUGAUUACGUCGUGAAUACAUAGCAAUUCCUAUAUAGGCAGCUAAAAAAAUAAAGAUAUAUAAAUGUUGAAUAUGAGAAUUAUUUUAUUAGAUAAUUUCAUAAGUAUUUAAAUAUAAAAGGUUUUUUGUGCUACAAAAAUGUUGAGAUAUCUUAUAAUUUUCGUUGCCGUUACCAAUUUUUUUGCUACCGGUAUGUAUGUCGUAAAUCCAGGACCCCAAUAUCCACCAACAAAGGGAGAGGUUUGGCCAAAACCCCAAUAUGAGAAAAAAGAAGACAAAUAUUUUACACAUAACUCUUCAUUUAUUAUUACGCCGACAAACUACACCUGCGAUAUACUAAAUAAAGCAAUAGAGAGGUAUGCAUUCACUGUCAGAGCAUUACACAAUAUGGCCCGGCGAUCUAGGAAAAAUAAACCACAUAGACAUAGACAAGUUCGAGGAGCGCCGACCACGGAGAAAUAUGAGGAAGUCCACAGAACUCAUGCUUUGCAGAAAAUGGAGAUAGUGUUAACUUCGCCAUGCGAAGAAUUGCCGCAUUUGAAUAUGGAUGAAAGUUACAGCCUUACUAUUGAUAGAAUAUCGAUACUGAGGUCUGAGUCCGUAUGGGGUGCGCUGAGAGGACUAGAAACGUGGUCACAACUUUUUUACCUCACGGAUAAUUACACUCAAUUAAGGAUAAACAAAACACAUAUAAUGGAUUACCCCCGGUACAAGCAUCGAGGUCUGUUGCUGGACACAUCGCGGCAUUAUAUAUCUGUGUCCAAUAUUCUGAAGACAUUGAAUGCCAUGGCCAUGAACAAGCUAAAUGUAUUCCACUGGCAUAUCGUCGAUGACCAAAGUUUUCCGUAUCAGAGUGAAAAGUUUCCGAAUUUGAGCGCUCUCGGUGCAUAUCACUCUUCCAUGAUCUAUACGCACGAAGACAUCCAGAAGAUCAUAGCAUAUGCCACGGAGCGAGGAAUACGGGUUUUACCAGAAUUUGAUGUACCAGGACACACUCGGUCCUGGGGCGUAGCAUACCCUGACAUCCUGACGAAGUGUUACGACAAAAAGAACGUCAUAGGCUUAGGACCCAUGAAUCCCAUAAAUAACGCCACCUAUACAAUGCUCGGGCAAUUAUUUGAAGAAAUACAAGAAUGGUUCCCUGAUAAAUAUUUACAUGUUGGCGGUGACGAAGUCGAAUUGAAUUGUUGGAAAUCAAAUCCUGAGCUUCAAGAUUAUAUGGCUAAACACAACGUGAGCGCAUAUCAACUACAUGCAAUCUUCAUGCAAAAUGUUAUACCUUUAUUACAGAAUAAAUCGCUUCCCAUCGUGUGGCAAGAAGUGUUUGAUGAAGGUGUUCCACUGUCGAGUGAUACUAUUAUUCAAGUUUGGAAAAAUCAAUGGGUGAAUACCAUGGUUAAGAUUCUUGAAGCUGGUCAUAGGCUCAUAUUUUCCGCGAGCUGGUACCUCGACCACAUAAAGUCUGGUGGUGAUUGGACAGACUUUUACAUAGCUGAUCCAAGAUUAAUGGUGUACAAUGCCACAGGGAAUGACUCUUUGCUGGAUAACAUUAUUGGCGGAGAGGCUUGCAUGUGGGGCGAGGUGGUUGACGAUGCUAACGUUAUUAACAGAGUAUGGCCGCGAAGUAGUGCUGUAGCGGAACGUUUGUGGAGUGCUAGUCUAGCUGCCAGUUACCGCGCCCGAAAAGAUGCUUUGACAGACGCCCGCCAUCGACUAGAAGAGCACACGUGCCGUAUGAACAGGAGAGGAAUAGCCGCCCAGCCACCAAAUGGACCUAGUGCUUGCGUUACACAUAUACAUCAAUAAUUACAUUAUACAUAUGAAUAAUAAACUAUAUUUUACAAUUAUGAAA